AUGGCUAACUCGGAGGUAACAGCCGUGGUAGCAGAGAUGAAGCAGUCCCUGGAUGAGGAGCUCCCCAGAGCAUGGUCAAGUAAGGGAGGUCCUGAUCCCAAGCAGAAGGUCUCUGCCAUCUUGCAGCGAGAGGAGAGCGUGCCGCGCCGUCAGCUCACCCUCACCUCAACCGAAGCGCUGGGAACAGGAGCGUUGGCAGGAGACCCCCGGGGGAAGUCGCGCUUCCCUUCACGCAAUGAUGCGGUCGUUCCAGUGCCACAGCUCAGCCCGGUCCGUAUGGGAACUGCUGAAAGCAGGACCACGCUACGGAUGGCACGGACGGUGAAGAGGAAGCUGAACUUGGAGACGGAUCACCAGUACAUAGCAGAGAGCCUGCCAGUGGGCCGGGGCAAGGCCAGGAACCCCACUAAAGGGGCAAAGUCACCUGGGGAGAAGUCCCGCUAUGAAACCUCACUGAACCUCACCACCAAGCGCUUCCUGGAGCUGCUGAGCCAGUCGCCUGAUGGCGUGGUGGACCUCAACUGGGCGGCCGAGGUCCUGAAGGUGCAGAAGAGGCGCAUCUACGACAUCACCAAUGUCCUGGAGGGCAUCCAGCUCAUCACCAAGAAGUCCAAGAACAACAUCCAGUGGCUGGGCAGCCAGGCCACCGUGGGGGCCCCCGGCCGCCUGGCCGCAUUGCAGAUGGGGCGUUUCGCAGCCCACCCCGCUACCGCAUGAGAGCAUCCCCGUGUCUGCUCCUUGACCCGCCACACCGCAGCCUACGUGACCUGCCAGGAUCUCCGCAGUGUUGUGGACCCCUCAGAGCAAAUGGUGAUGGUUAUCAAAGCCCCCCCGGAGACCCAGCUGCAGGUCUCGGACCCAGAGGAGGCUUUCCAGGUCUCCGUGCGAAGCACUCAGGGCCCCAUUGACGUCUUCCUCUGCCCCGAGGACAGCUCGGGGGUCUGUAGCCCCGUCAAGAGCCCCUUCAAAGCCGCCGCAGAGGAGUCAUCUCCCAGCCACUCGCAGCCCAGAGCCUCCCCGCUCCUGCAUCCCGCCCAGGAUGUGAACAUGCCACUGCUGCCCGGAGAGCAAGAGACACUGCUGCCAGGGACGAGCACAGUGUCUGGGAAGUGCCCAGCAGAGGAUGUGAGCCUGUCGCCGCUGGCCUCCAUGGACGCCCUCCUGGAGCACAGCAGGGAGGAUUUUUCGGGUUUCUUGACGGACGAGUUCAUCAACCUGUCACCGCCGCCGGCACAGGACUACCACUUCGGCCUGGAGGAGGGCGAGGGCAUCAGCGAGCUCUUUGACUGUGACUUUGGGGACUUCACACCCUUGGACUUCUGA